AUGUCUUUGUCUGGGUCAUAUGAUGGCCUAUUGAGUAUCACCGAGGAUCAUAAAAUCACCUUAAAAAACAAGUAUGAGUAUUUAUUUGAGAGUGUUGCAGUGAAAGACAAUCAAACUCUCCUCAGUAGCAUUUCCACAGAGCUCUACAUCACAGAGGGAGAGGGUCAAGGAGUGAAUGAGAAAUAUGAGGUUAUGCAGAUGGAAAUAGCCCCCAGCACACAAAUUUCUCAAGACAAACUAAUCAACUGCAAUGACAUCUUCAAACUCUUGCCAACCAAUGGACCUGAAGAAGAUGACCAUCCUACCUCUAAGGAUAUCAAAAGAAAAGAAGAGAAAGGAAUCAAAACUGUGCUCACCAAAGGCAUCGCUGGCAUUGGAAAAACAGUCUCUGUGCAGAAAUUCAUUCUGGACUGGGCAGAAGGAAGGGCCAAUCAGGACAUUAAUUUCAUGUUCAUUCUUCCUUUCCGAGAACUAAACUUGAUUAAAGAUGACCAGUUCAGUCUUCAUGGACUCCUGCAGGAGUUUCACCCAAACCUGAAAAAAAUGCAUUCAAAGAAAUAUGACGAUUGUAAAAUACUGUUCAUCUUUGAUGGUUUAGAUGAGAGCCGACUUCACUUGGAUUUUUCUGAGGUGCUGUUUAAUGUGACCAAAACAUCAUCAGUGAACAUACUGAUAUCAAACCUCAUUAAAGGAAAUCUCCUUCCCUCAGCACGCAUCUGGAUUACCUCAAGACCGGCAGCAACCAGUCAGAUCCCUUCUCAGUUCAUCAGUCGCAUGACAGAAAUCCAAGGAUUCAGUGAUCCACAGAAAGAUGAAUACUUCAGAAAAAAAAUCAGAGAUGAGAGUCAAGCCAACAGAAUCAUCUCACACAUCAAAACAUCAGUGAGUCUCCACAUCAUGUGUCGCAUACCAGUGUUCUGCAGGAUUUCAGCCACUGUGCUUCAGGAAAUGCUGCGCCAAGACAAUGGGAACAAGAUCCCUAAAACUCUGACGGAGAUGUACACACACUUCCUACUCAUUCAGACAAAAAGAAAUAAGCUGAAAUAUAAGGAAAUGGUUGAGACACACUCAAAGAAUCUUCUGGAAUUAAACAAGGAUGUGUUUCUGAAACUUGCUAAGUUGGCUUUCAAUCAGUUAUUGAGGGGCAAUGUCAUAUUUUAUGAUGAAGAUCUUAGAGAAUGUGGCAUUGAUGUUAGUGAGGCCACAGUGUACUCUGGAAUUUGCACAGAGAUCUUUAAGGAGGAAGCUGUGCUUCAUCAGAAGAAAGUGUACUGCUUUGUGCACCUAAGUCUUCAAGAGUUCUUUGCUGCUCUCUAUGUGUUUUGCUGUUAUGCAAACAAGAACAUGGAGGUACUGGAGAAUUUUUUGCAGAGAAAGACCAGGGCAUUUUCCAAAAAAAUCAUGGAGAAACUCGUCAGGGAGACCAGAAUGAAGCCAGAGAAUGUUCCAUUAGAUGAAUUGUUGGAGGGAGCUGUGGAUAAAUCUUUAGAGAGUAAGAAUGGGCAUCUAGAUCUCUUUGUUCGCUUCCUUCAUGGCAUCUCACUGGAGUCCAACCAGAAACUCUUACAAGGCCUGCUGAAACACACCCAAAGUACUCAAGAGAGUAUCAACAAAAUAAGCUGUUACAUCAAAAAGUUGAAUAAAGAUGAUGUACCACCUGAAAGAUGGAUUAAUCUACUGCACUGUUUGACUGAAAUGAAUGAGUGUUCUCUUCAUGAAGAAAUCAAAGCUUUUGUCGAAACUCACAAUUACAGUACUAAACUUUCACUUGCGCACUGCACAGCACUGGCCUAUUUCUUUCUGAUGUCAGAGGAGGUGCUGGAUGAGUUGGACCUAAAGAAAUACAACACGAUAGAUGAGGGUCGUAGGAGACUGCUCCCAGCUGUGAGGUGCUGUAGAAGGGCUCUACUUACAACCUGUAAACUCAGUGAGAAGUACUGUGAAACUUUGGUCUCAGCACUACAGUCUGCAACCUGUCCUCUGAUAGAGCUGGAUCUGAGUGACAAUGACCUUCAGGAUUCAGGAGUUAAGCUACUCUGUGCUGGACUGGAGAGCCCACACUGUAAACUGGAGAUACUGAGACUUGUUCUCUGUAAUUUCACUGAGAAGUCCUGCUCAUCUAUAGCUUCAGUUCUCCAGUCAGCAAACUGUCUACUGAGAGAGCUGGACCUGAGUAACAAUGACCUUCAGGAUUCAGGAGUUACGCUGCUCUGUGAGGGACUGGGGGAUCCUCAAUGUAAACUGCAGAUCCUGAGGUUGUCUGGCUGUUUAGUGACAGAGGAGAGUUGUUUUUUACUGGCUUCAGCUCUGUGUUCAAACCCCUCACACUUGAGAGAGCUGGAUCUCAGCUACAAUCACCCAGGAAACUUAGGAGUAGGGCUGCUCUCUGCUCGACUGGAGGAUCCACACUGUCAGCUGAAUACACUUAAUGUGGACAAUGGAGGACAGUCCAGGAUCAAACCAGGACUAAGAAAAUAUGCCUGUGAACUUACACUGGACCCAAACACAGCACACAAGCACCUUUCUCUGUCUGACGGGCACAGAACGGUGACACGGGGAGACAUUCAGUCAUAUCUUGAUCAUCCAGAGAGAUUUGAGAAGGAGCCUCAGGUUGUGUGUAGAGAGAGUCUGACUGGACGCUGUUACUGGGAGGUUUCAUUAUAUCAGGCUGAAGUUGUUAACAUAGCAGUGACCUAUAAAGGAAUAGGGAGGAAAGGAGAGAGUGACAACUGUAGGCUUGGAUACAAUGAAAAGUCCUGGAGUCUGAUCUGCUCUCGCUCAAGUUUCUCUGCCUGUCACAAUAAACAGAGCAAUUCCAUACCUGUCACACCUGGCUGCAAAAUAGGAGUGUAUCUGGACUGGCUGUCAGGAACUGUAUCCUUUUACAGGAUCUCCUCUAAGAAACGCCCAGAACACCUACACACAUUCUACUGUACAUUCACAGAGCCCCUAUAUGCAGGUUUUAGGCUCUAUAGUUUACAGUCCUCAGUGUCUCUGUGUCAG